CGCGGACUCAAAACCCUCAGGCAGCGGCCGCUGAACACUGCUGUCGCCGCUACUGUCCAGAGUCAUGAUGGACCUUACUUAUCAGUCCAUGAAAACCGCCCAUCAAGCCCGGGAGGCAGAUGAGCUGAAGACCGAAAUGAGAAAGAAAAGCAUCCUUGUUCUGAUCUACCACCAUCUACUGGGACAGGGCUAUGUAGCAGCAGCAGUGGCCUUGGAUCAGGCCACAAAUGGAGUGAUGGGGAGGUUCGAGGUUUGUGAUAACAUCGAUCUGGAGAUGGUGCUAAUGGAGUAUGAGAAUUAUCACUAUGUCAAGUUCCAGAAGAAUCCCAAACUUAUCAGGAGAACGACAGAACCAGGUGAGACGAAACAUCCGAAAAGUGGUGGAAUGAAAAGGACCACCUCUUUGACUUGUAAGACUCUUCCAAAAAUCCUGUCAUCCUCAACACUGCAGUCUGGAAACACAGCCAAGAAGGCAGUCACCAGUGUACAUCCAAAAGCAGAGGACAAUUGUGCUGUGAAUGCAGAGCCUUCAGAUUUUGGUGUCAGCAUUUCAGCCAUCAAAAAUGGGGCAGCUGGAGAGGGUUCCUUGAACAGGAAGGGCCAAGUCACUGAUGAUGUCAAAGGAGCUGGUUCUGAUUCAGAGAGCAAAUUGCAGGAGCGGCUGCUGAAGCCCCUCAGUGGCUUUUCUGGGAUGAGUGGUGAGAUGAGAGAGCUGGCUACAAUCAUCAGCAGGGACAUCUAUUUGCAAAGCCCAAAUGUGAGGUGGGAGGACAUCAUCGGUCUGGAGGAUGCCAAGCGAUUAGUCAAAGAGGCUGUCGUUUAUCCCAUUAAGUACCCCCGGCUGUUUACGGGCAUCCUUUCUCCAUGGAAAGGUUUGCUGCUCUAUGGUCCCCCAGGAACAGGCAAGACACUCCUGGCCAAAGCUGUGGCAACCGAGUGCAAGACAACCUUCUUCAACAUCUCAGCCUCCAGCAUUGUCAGCAAGUGGAGAGGGGACUCAGAAAAACUGGUCAAGGUUCUGUUUGAGCUGGCCAGAUACCAUGCUCCAUCCACCAUCUUCCUGGAUGAGUUAGAGUCAGUGAUGAGCCAAAGAGGUGCCGGCUUGGGGAGUGAGCACGAGGGGAGUCGGAGGAUGAAGACAGAGCUGCUGGUUCAGAUGGAUGGACUUGCAAGAUCAGAGGACCUGGUGUUUGUACUUGCCGCUUCCAACCUGCCCUGGGAACUGGACCACGCAAUGCUGAGGAGGUUAGAGAAGAGGAUUCUAGUGAGUCUUCCCUCCUCACUCGCUCGGCAAGUUAUGAUCUCUCAUUGGCUUCCUUCUCUCAGCUCCAUCGGAGGGGUGGAGCUAACAACUGUGUUGGACUAUAAAAUGCUGGCAAAGGAAACUGAGGGAUACUCUGGGUCUGAUAUCAGAUUGGUGUGUAAGGAGGCUGCUAUGAGACCAGUUCGCAAGGUCUUUGAUGUUCUGGAGUCGCAUCGGGAUGAAACAGGCGAUAUGUCUGACAUCCAGCUGGAAACUGUAACGACAGCUGAUUUUAUGGAAGUAAUCGGGCACACCAAACCAUCUGCCCGAAACCUGAUGGACAAGUACACAGCCUGGGAGAGAGAGUACAUGUCUGUUUGAUGCUCCCACAGACACGGGGGGCUAAAGGAAGAAUAAAGAGAAAUCCAAAACCCACUCCCUGCAGUUACACUUAGAGGGCAUAUGGAGAAAUGAUUUUACAAGCACUGCUUUUUUUCCCCCAAGCAUUGCAUAUUUGUGCCAUUUCACUGUAAGUUGGAGUUGUACAGGUUUUAAUAGUGUUCAAAAACAAUAUAUUAAAAAGUUCAAUUGGGAAAAAGAAUCAAAGUACAAAGCUUCUUUGAAUUAUAUAGAAAUGUAAACCCCCUGAACAAAUAUAAAAAUGAUCCUCUGAUCCCAUACCACUGUUUAUAAGCUGGCUGCACAUUUACU